AACUCUCUCGCUCAUCGCAGUCGGCGAUGCCACGCUGUGGCCCCCCUAAGCCGAGCUUUCCUCUUCAUUCCGCUGUAAGCCCGCACUCUGGCACAUCCACCAGCCACCAGGAACCGCAGCCACCUGCAUCAUCAUCAUCACCACCACCAUCAUCAUCAUAAUAAUCACCAAAAAAAAAGCUCUUUCUUAAACUUGUGUUCAUCAUAACAAAAAAAAACUAGUGCGCAAUGAAAUCGUCUUUAAACAAGAAACAGUGUUGUUGUAUUGUCGGCCCAAACAGGAACUGAAAGUAUGCGCGGCCCUCGCGUGACGGGAAGUCAUCCUGUCGCGUGCCGCGACCCAAGGCGGAAGUGCGACUAACAGGUUGUUGAUUCGGAAGUCCCAGUGCUUCAUUAUAUAUAUAUAUAUACAUACAUACAUAUAUACAACCCAUCUUUCUUCAUUCCGAUUCAGUGUUUAUAGUAAAUGUAAAUACAACCUAUGGUGCUUUGCCUAUUAGUCAUUUAACAAAAAAUCAACUGGAAUUGUGUAUUCAAUUUAUCAUCACUGAAGAACAUUUGAAUUGCGCCUAAUCAUCAAUUUGAAGAAUAUUUCAAUACUCUAUAUUCAAGAUGAAUUGUUAAUCAUCAAAAAAAGAAGAAGCAAUGAUAUAAUUACAAAAUUCAAAUCCUAACUUUAAUGUUAGGAGUAAUUAAUUAGUGUCUAAAAAUGAUCUCUAUGUGAUGAUUGUUCCAAAAAGAGGUGGAUUUCGGUCGGUUUUAUGAUAAAAUGAACAAAACAACUGGAGAGUGCGGUAUCGGUAUUAUCGCGUAGACUUUUCUUUUUUUUUUUUUUUGUGUGUGUGUGUGUGUGUAAGUGGUGUUUUAUCGUUUUUUGUUUUGUUAGUUUAUUUUAUUUUUUUUUGCGUUUUUAUUUUCUUCGAAACGAAUCUAGUCAUGUCAAAAAAGAGACUGUUGGCGUUUAAAAUGCGUCGGAUGUUUCGCGACGGCAAUAAUUCAAUACCAAAAAUUCAGGUUUACGUGUAGUGUAUAUAUAUAUAUAUAUAUAUGAGAUGAUUCUCAUUAUUAUUAUAAUGAAAAGUGAAGCUAUUGCUAGUCAAAAAGGGUGAAGUAACCAAAAAAAAAACGGACUAGUUAUAGAAACGGGAGAAUACUACAAGUGUCUCAAGAGUCGACAUAUCCAUGUUUACGUAUAUGUAUAGGGUGCAGUGUUCACUGACGUGAGUGUGAAAUUGUUGUUGAUAUAGUAAUAUCUAUAUAUAUAUAUAUAUAUAUAUAUAUAUAUAUAUAUAGUUGGCGUGUUCUUUCGCGCAGUGUCGUGCUAUACCACUGGAAAACAUUAGUGUCCCACAGGAAAAUGAAGAGAUCCUCUUUCUUCUUCAUCUCAAGAGCGACAGCGGGCUAGUGGUCGCGGAUCCAAGUCGAGUGAACAGCAUGACAGCCAUUAACUCGGUAUGCAGUGAUCUUCGGUGUUUCAUUAUUGCGAUAGAAAAUGCUGUCGGGUCCGGUUGGGGAAGUGGGCGGCGUGAGGCUGCCAUUACAGUCAUUGCAUGGAUAUGGAUCAGUUUUCAUGUAUUCAGCCUCAACCAGCCCUGGGGGUGGAAAUGGCCAGGGGAAUGGAGGCGGAGGUGAAGUCACCCUCCGUCUCCGUGAACCUGAGGACAUUCCAGAAGAGGUCCUCGCUCGUCUCGAGGAUACAGCAACCUUAUCCAUUUCCCUUCAAGGCGAUGCUGUCCUUAGGCUAGGGGCGGCUAAUGGAGGAAACGGAAAUUUAGAAUUAUUCGAUAGUGAGAGUGGACCGGAUCUUACACUCUCGCCUCAAACAUUCACAUCAACGGCGGAGGCCUUUAUCAAUGACAAUAGCGACAGUCUUGGUGUGCCGGGUGACAACGAUACUGGGAGUAGUGAAGAAUCAAGAACGGGAGCAGGAGAUCCCGGAAAAUUAGGUGUUAAAAAACCAAGGCCAAAAGCAUCUUCGCCUAAUCGGCAAGGUCCACAACAAUGUCAAGUAUGUGGCAAAGUGUUCAACAACGCAUCGGCGCUCACGAAGCACAAGCUGACGCACAGUGACGAGCGGAAAUACGUCUGCACGAUGUGUGGUAAAGCGUUCAAGCGGCAGGACCACUUGAACGGACACAUGCUGACACAUCGAAAUAAAAAACCUUACGAGUGCAAAGCAGAAGGCUGUGGAAAGUCAUAUUGUGAUGCAAGAAGUUUGAGAAGGCAUACGGAAAAUCAUCACGCCGGAAGUAAAGUUAAUGAGAGUAUUAGUCCAAGUAGUCCAACAACUGGACCACAUACGCCAAAUACACCAAAUAGUAAUCCAAGUACUCCCAGUACACCAGGUGCGCCUAGCAAUCAAAAUGGCCACGGACACACUGCACUUAAGCAACUACUUUCCUCGGAGCCUACACAAUCACAAACGCACAAGAGUGCAACAGCUCCUGGUGCUAAUAACGAUGGCCUCACAAAACAACAACUUGAGCUUAUUCAACAAAUUAUGCAACAAACUCAACAACAGCAACAACAAGCUCAACAACAUUCGCCAAGUCAACAGCAUAAUUCAACUUCUUCAAAUGGUAAUGGGGCAAAUCAAAAAAACAAUAAAUCAUCUGUUAAAUCGAAUAAUUCACCUGGAACGAUAUCUUCAUCUGGAAGUGGAAGUCCUAAACCCAAGGUAUGGAAUCAUCAGCAACAACAGCAGCAAGCGCAACAGCAAGUUCAGCAACAACAGCAGGCGAAUUCUCCCGGAAGCGGAAAUGGAGGGAAAGGAAGCCCGUCAUCUGGGAAUUCAUCGUCUCCCGGUACAGUGUCAGCAUCAAACAAGUCCCAGACUGAACCAAAACCGGUUGAGUGCAAUUUGUGUCAUCGAAAAUUCAAAAAUAUACCGGCUCUAAACGGUCACAUGAGACUACAUGGUGGCUACUUCAAAAAGGAUUCCGAGAAUAAGAAAAGUGAGAAGAAAGAAGUUGUGGGACCACCACUUCAAACAGCGUCCGUCAGUGUACGAGCAUUGAUAGAGGAGAAAAUUAUUCAAAAACGAACAACAGCAUCAGAUGCGAAUGCAGCUCAAACGAGGUCAAAUGCCGCAGCAUUUAAUAAUCAAGAUAAUUCAACGUCACAUGUGGGAAAAACAAAUUUUGCUGUACCUGCUCCACCACCACUUGCAAGUGGUGAAAAAACACGACGACUAUCCGAUGGUGAUCAUUUUCGUCAACCUAAUGUUACAAUUACUGGACAUGUUUCGGUACAAAAACAACUUCAAGAAGCACAAACACAAGCUCAAGCACAAGCACUUGCUGAUUUAAUUCUAAAGGGAACGACAAAAAUGGCAGUAAAAAGAGCAACGUCCGAUCCCGGUCAAAGAGUUCAGCUAACUUAUCAAUCGCCAGUUCAAGCAACAAAUAAUCAAUCAACAAAUCAAAAUCAAACACAAAUUCAACAGGGAGUUACGGAUAAUUUUGCAAUGACCGGUGGUUAUUCAGAAGAUGGUGGUUACUUUAGUCCAAGUUUACAAGACGAGGUAUUCCAACAAGUUACAGCCGUUCCCGACAGUGUAUUACUACAUGCAACACAACUGGACUCAAUUCAGUUCCAAACAAGCGGCCUACUUCAGGAACAAGCUUCAAGUGAACAAUUACAGGAUAUUGCACUUGAAGAUCGUUUUACAUCACAGCAUACAGUGAAUCCAGAUCUUCAGGCAUUAGUAAAUUCUCCACUUCCUGAUUCACUUGCUGAAUUUAGUACUUAUGGAGCACAAUUCACUGAAAGUCCUCAUACAUUAGCGACACAAUCUCCAUUACCAUCACCUUUAACAAGACACGAUAGUCCUAGUUUUACUUAUCCAACACCACCUGCAAGUCAGGAGGGUCUUUUAUCAGGAACAUUACCACUUUUAAGUCCACAAGAAGAUCCAGAAGCUGUACGUCCUGUAUCAUCACCUCUUUCAGCUGCUUUUUACACUACAACAAUGUCUUCCGCCGAAGCAGUUGAGGAAGCACUCAGUGAAGUUCUUCCCGGUGAAUCGGAAGCUGAUGCCAAUCUUUAUGGUUCAGGUUCACCAAAUCCACAUUCACCACUACCAAGUCCUCCACCUUCAUCAGUCUCCUCACCAGGACCUGGAAAUUUUACUUCCAAUUUUCCCGUAUCGCCACAUCAUUUACAAAAUCAAAUGAUGCCCAAUUCUGAGGAUCCACUAUUAUCAUCAAGCCCAAAAGAUUUCACCGGUCGUAGGAAAGUUGAAUUUCAAUCCUAUAAACUUAUAACAAGUCAAAAUCUCAUGGAUUUUGGAUUGGGAAAUGGAAGUCUCGCUGGUAUUGUCGUUGACAAUAAUGGUGAAUUUAAACUCAUUCAAACGGCUGGUUUACAAAAAGCAAAUGUAUUCGUUCAAGCUGGUGCUUUAAGUCCAGCUUUAACAUUUAGAAAAGAAAUUAGACCCGCAAAUCAAAAAAUUGAACAAAAUUCAAUGAACAUUGGUAAUACGGGAUUAAGUAAUCAAUUUCAAGGACAAAUACUUCAGCAGGCAAUAAAUCCAGCUAAAUUUUUGAUUCAUUCAAAUCAAAAAAGUUUGAAGCAUAAACCUUCUAAUUUACCAAUUCCAGUUGAACAGAUUAAAGAAGAAUUUGAUGAAGAUGUAUUUCUUAGUCCAAGUAGUGUUUCGACUGAAAGUCCAGCGAGACAUUGUAGAAAGAGGCCAAGACUUGAUAGUCAAGGAUUGAAUAGUUCGCAUUCCUAUCCAUCGCGUUUGCGUAGAGCCUGUGAUCGUCAUUGGGAUAGUAGCUAUACACCGCCACCAAUUUUAAAUCCCUCAAGAUCUGGACCAGGAUUGUACGCAAGACUACAUCAAUAUGAGAGGGAUUCGGAUUUUAGUUCUGAUGAUUCUCAAGGAAAUGAUGGUCCACCGCCUAGAAUUAAUAUUGGAACACGAUAUCAAGCAACAAUUCCAGCUGUGGGUUGUGAGGGCGAUAAAGGAAGAGGCGUUCCAGAAGCUGAUCAUCUACUAUGGGAUCCUGGCAUAAAUAGUAUACUCACUGAAAAUGAAUUGGAGAUGUAUCUUCAGUUCGCUUGUUGCGCAGCUGUACCGGGCGGCGGGAGAAACAAGGAAUAUGCCCUCCAUCUUCUACACAUGUGCAGAGGAAAUAUUCGCGAGGCGAUGCUAAAGCUGAUGAGACCAACAUCAUCAUUACCAGCCGAACAUCCUCUACUUAGUUACGUGUGUCACGAAUCUGAUCGUUGGACACCCCAUGAAAUGGAUAUGUUUUAUCAAGGCCUGUUAAAGUACAACAAGGACUUCUUCGGAAUUUCACGCGAUAUUGGAAGUAAGUCCGCGAAACAAUGCGUGCAAUUCUACUACCUCUGGAAAAGACUCUGUCCCGAAGAAUACAAAAGGCUUAGGGCACGUCAUGGUAAACCAAAGAUCAAAAUCGAAAUCAAAGAUAAAGACUUUAAAGACACGAAGGAGCUUCGCGAUGCCAUUGCAUCAGUCACAGAAAUGGACUUUAGUGAAGAAAAAUCCAUUCUUCAUCGAACCUUGUUACAGACAAACGAAAGGGAAAGUUCAGCGACCCUAACAACAAGUGAUGGUGAAUUAAGGUUAUUCGCCUACGAUUGUCCCGAGAGCUUUAGCGGAAGUGUAACAGUAAUGAUGCAGGCCGGAAGCACCCAAACCGCCAAAGUCGGCAAAACUUGCCACGCCACAGUCAACACCAACUCACAAACUCACACUAGUUCUGAGCAACAUCUACCCGUGCCCACCCCACUUCACUACCCCUGCAAGAUUUGCGGGAAAGUUUUCAACAAGGUGAAAAGCAGAAGUGCCCACAUGAAGUCACAUCGGCCGCUGCCCUGUCCCGAUUCAACGGUUCAGGAAUCUAAAAGGCCAACUUCAAAUCAUCAUAAUACUCAAAAUUCUCAAAAUGUGCAGGGCUUGCAGCAGCAGCAGCAUCAGCAGAAUUUGCAUCAGCAAACCCAGGGCAAUUCCCUACCUCAAAACUUCAAUGGCUGCGAAAGCAGUAUUCAAAACUCGACUCAAUUAUGGCACAAUCCCACGAGACUCAGGCCUCCAUAGUCCAAGACUUUAGGCCCAAUGGAACUUAUGUUACCUUUAAAGCAGGCUGUUAUGAUAAGGUAGAAACGACGAGGAUUUUUUUGUAAAUCGCCACCGUGUUUCUACUUUACGCCCCUCACCCCAAAACGGGACAUAAACCUUCCACAAAAAAAAAAACUUGUGCCAAUCAAAAAAAAAAAAACUCAUUCACGAAAGACACAUAGAUAAAAAGAAAAACUAAAAAACUAAUAAUUUCAUAAGUAUUUAAGAAAAAUCUUUAAAAGUAGAAAAAAAAGGGAGAGCGCAAAAUUCGAAGAGAUUCCUGUUUGGCGCGUAAACAGGGUAUGGCGUUCUGGUCAUUUUGAAAAUUAUUUUAAAAAAAUGAAACAGGCGACUUUGAGGUCACCUUGAAGGCACAUCGAGUUUCAAAUGGCCUAAGGAACAAGAUCAAACAAAAAAAAAAAAGAAAAAGAAGCGCGACGAGUCUAGCAUGUUUCAAUUGUUCCGCAUGAUUGUUGAAAAUCGCGCGCAUAUUGUCUUUAAGUCCUCUAUAGCAUGUGAGAUCAUCUCAGAAUGUGCCACAAAGAUAAUUACUCUGUUACCUGUUACGUCUUUAUCGUUCUUUCGACUUUUAUUCAUUCUUUAUACACUUUCAUAAUAUAUUUUUCUUUCAAACUUUUAGCGAGAAUACUAAAUAUAUUAAUAUUAUUCGAUUUCUAUCUUUGAAACCAAAUUUGGAUUAGAAUAAAUUUUAAAAAAACACGAGAUAAUUCAAGAAUUUCAAUAUCCAAUUUUUAAUUUACAAUUCCGAAAUUAUAUUGAAAUUAAUUGAAUGCAGUUUUUUUUUUUAAUGGAUAGUUACCCCACGCGUUCGCUAGGUGGCUCUGGUUUAGUUACGGCCCUCACUGUUUACGUUAGACAUAUUUAUUAUAGCUCAGAAUUUCACUCAAGAAAACUUGUUUAAAAUUCGGUGGAAAAUUUCAGCUUCGACCUGAAAAAAAAUUUUCCACAAAAUUAAAAACACUGAUAAAAAAAGGACAUUGAAAGGAAAAAAAAAAUUUCAUCUACAUCUCCGAAUAUAAUGCUAAAGUUAUCAAAGUUUACGUCAACGAAAUAAGAAACAAAUUAAAUUCUAUCAUUAACGUCUUCCCCUCCUCGGUUGGAGUUAAAAAAAAAUUUUUUUUUAAAUCUAUUAGAAAAAUAAAAUUCUUUUUCUUAUUUACGUCAACAUUGCUAACUUUAGCUUUUUUUUUGGUAUUUUUGGAUAUAAAUCGAAUAUAUAUAUAUAUAUAAUAAAUCGCUAAUAGCUUUGAUACUUGUUGCACGUUUUAUGUGAAAAAAUACGUUAUUUAGAUAUCUAGACUAUAUAUAUAAAACAUAUAUAGUUAGAAAACGCGGCAAAUUUGUUGUGAUCGUCCUAAGAUAAUUUUUUUUUUUUUUAAAAACCUCUUUAACAUCUGAGGAUAUUUCACGAAUAUUAAACAAAACAAAAAAAAAAAAAAAAAACUUUGUAUAUGUGCAUAGAUAAAUGGAUGUAUUUUAAAAAUUAUGUAUAUCUUUAGGCGAUGAUUUUUCUAAGAAACAAAUACGCAAGAAAUAAAAAAAAGAGAAAAAUAAAUUCGUUGUUCAAGUUUCACGGACGAAUCAAAACGAUGAUGCGAGCUAGAUAAUUAUCUCAAUAUUAUAUUAAAGAAAAUACACACAAAAAAAUGAAAAAAAAACAAAAAAAAAAAAUACUCGGUUUUAAGGAGAACUUAUUCAAAAAUCACUACGUGUACAUAAUACGUGUACAUGCCUGUACAUAUGAAUGUCUAUACGUACAACUAAAAAAAAAAAAAAGUGGAUUUUAAAUGCUAAUUAGAUAGAAAUAUAGAUUUGUUGUAGAAUGGAUCUAUAUAAAUAUAUAUAUACAUUUAUUAUAUAUUAAUAGGUAUAUAUACACAUUGCUUGGUUUUUUCUACCUUACUAGGAGUCUACGUGGUGAGACUCUUGCAAAAACAAUAAUAAUAAUAAUAAUAAUAAUAAUAAUAAUAAUAAUAAAAAUAAAUCCACUCUUCUCUAUAUAUAUUUAUAUAAUAUUUAAUUCGUCUUCUAACUUUUGUAAUUUAAAAAAAAAAAUUUCUAAAUCUAAACAUUUUUUGCAAUCCUUUUAUAAUUUGUUUAUAAGGUUAUAGAAUUUUUUGUCCAUUAAAAAUUAUUCCUGUAUUUCAUAAAAUAAUUCAUUUUUCUUAUAAUAUACUCUAAAUCACUGAAUUUAAAUGUGAUUGCAAUAUAUUUAGGGGAAAAAAAAGUUUUGGGAGUUGACGAAAUAAAUAAUUACAGGAAUUUGUAUAGGUUAUGUAGAAUCUUUUUAUAUAAAAUUCUAUUUAUUUUAGUGUUUAAAUUAAUUUCUAAGUAUUUAAAUCGAAUUUAUUAUUAAUUUAGGUUUAAUUAAUUCACUUAAUAUUAAACAAUUUUAAACAUUUUAAUUCCUUUUUUUUUUUUAAUUAAACAAUUUUUAUUUUAAAUACAUUAAAAUUUUACUUCAUUUAAAUUCUUUUCUUCAAAUUAUAUUUAUGUAAUAAUUAUUAUUUUUUAUAAUUAUCAAAAUUGUUUAUUUAGAUAAAUUUUUUAAUAUUUAAUUACUUUAAUGAUAGGAAAUUAUUGGAGACUUCUUUGAAAAAUUAAGGUCCUGUCUACAAUAUAGGCUUUUUUAUGUCAUAUAACAUAAAAAAAGUCUAUUGUGAACACAGCUUAAUUUAAUAUGAACUUUAUCAUAUAUCUGUCCUUCUCCCUCUCAUUAUAGUUUGAGAAACUCGAACCAGGGUUCGGAAGGUAAAAAACUUAAUCCCCCACUGUUCAGGCCGAAUAUACAAUUCCAAAAAAACCAACACCGUUUCUGCAAUUUAAUAAAUUACACAAUCGACAAUUCCCAAUACUUUUUUUUUUACAACAAAUACUGUUUAUAUAUUUUUUCAUUGAAAAUUUCAUAUGACAAUAUUCCUCUAUUUUCAAAUUAGCUGAAGAUAUCAAUAUUUUUAUAAGAGUCUUUUGCAUACUAGAAAUGAUAAAAAUUUUUAUAACCUUAAAACAUACAAAAAAAAAAUAAAUAAAAUAAAGGUUGUGAUAAAAUCCUAUAUUAUUAUUAUAAUUAUUUUAAAUUAUUUAUUUUAAGAUUUGAUUUUGUAAUUUAAAAUAUUAUAACUAGUUAAUAAUUUUUAAAUCUGCGGCUCAAUAAUAAGAGUGUAAAUUGAUAUCAAAAAAAAAAAGUUUUCUUAAUAUAUUUAUUAAAGAAAACUCUAAAUUGUUAUUCAAGAGAUUUACCAAUCGUAGACACUGCGUAAUUUUACCAUGAAGAUAUUGUUAUUCAUUGUUACUGCUCUCCUUUUUAUCGACUUUUGCCAUAUUGAAAUAAAUCACGCUAUAUACAUUUUAACUUUCUAACUUUUUCUCUAAAAAAAAAAAAAUAAUAUAUAUAUAAAUAUAUAUAUAUAUAUAAGCGACGAGUGAAAAAAUGACGCUCAAAGUUAAAUCUUUUUAUUAUACAUAGGUGACAUUUUUUUUUUAAAUUAUCAUUUUUGUAUAACAAUCCGAAGGAUAUGUCGAACGUCGAUGAUUUCUGCGAAUGAGCUUUUUAAGUUUUUAUGAUUAUACCAAAAAAAAAAUAAUUUUUUUCUCCUAUUUCUAUACUAGUCUUGUAUUUCCUCUUUUAUCGAUACAUAUAUGUAUAUAAUAGAGCAAAAUCUAAAUUUGAAAAAUAAAAUCAAAAUGUCCGGCCACAAAUUUUAAAUUAAUUUUUUUUUUUUUUUCUUUCAAAAAACGGGUCUCUCUCAAAUUGACACUAGAAGUGAAAUUAAUGUCUCAAAAAUAAUUUCCGCCUAAAAUAAAAGAAUUUAUUUCACUUCUUAGAUGGGGGAAGAAUUUUUUUUUUUUUUCUAAGAGCUGACGUGAGAAACGAUUCAACAGUCUCCAGCGCUAAAAAAAAAUCUUAUAUAUAGUGUUCUGUAAUAAAAAAAAAAAAUAAUAUAAGAAUCUGCGAAAUGUUUCGAGUUUUUAUAAUUACUAUUAAUUUGUUUCUAGAGAUUAAUAAAAAAUAAAAAAAAAAAAAAAAAAAAAACUUGUUAUAUACUAAUUCCGUGAGAUAAGGCUCUCGGAGAUAGGAAUGCAACAAAAUUAGCAGACAUAUCAUUUAAGACAAUACACUUGUUACGGAAACUAAGUUUCUACUGAAUAUAAUUAUUAUCAAUAUAACUCUAAUUCUUAAAAAAAAAUAAACUCUUAACAAUAUUGUAGAUAAGUAAAAAAAAAAAAUCGGCUCCCAUCGAAUCCAGAAGUGCUUGAAAUUCAAUCGCUCCUUGCCAAUGACUGAACAAUUCUUGUCGAUUCUUUCAUUUAUUUAUUUAUUUUAUUUUUUUUUUCAUCGACAAGAUAUGACACACAGGCGGGGAGCACUUCCGGUGCUCUCAAUUUAAAAAAAAAAAAAAAAAAAAAAAAUGCAUUCUGGGUUGUGCGAGCGAUUGCAUGCGCUGGAGGCUGUCGCUUAUAGAAAUGUGGAGAUGAAAAAAAAAAAAAAAAAAAAUCUUGUGAAAGAUAUAUUAAAACGAAGCAAUGAAACCGUAACGAAGACACGCAUGAAUUGUACAAACAAGUCCCUCCACGUCACAAAAAAAAAACAAAAAAAAUUAAUGAUAUAUAUAUACAUAUAAAUAUAUAUAUGGAGAAUAUAUAUAUAUAUUAUAUAUUUAAACAAAAAAAAAAUGGUAAAUAUGUGAUGUAUUUAAAUGGUAUGUGGUUUAUAUGGUAUUUCGUAUUUGUACAUAGGCGGACCCGUGCCAUCAACUAGUGAGUUGUACCGAUAAUUUUAUUCUAUAAUUUUAUUAUUAUAAAAUUAUUUUACAAAUAAAAUGUUUUUACAUCAAGUUAUUAAAGUUUGUUGCAAUAUACACUGCAAAAAAAAAAAUUUUGUCCAUUUUAAAACUGUUUUAAAUGAUUUUUUUCUAAACAGCGGGAAAAAAGUAAUUAUUUUUGACCCGAGGGACAAAAUAACUGUUCCUUUCAAUUCUAGAAUGUUAGUCUCACAAAGAGAGUUACUUAAAUUCUUAUCGAAUAGCAGCAGUCAUAUCUUUUUGUCACUGUUAUUAUUAUUAUUAUUAUUAUUAUUAUUAUUAUUAUUAUUAUUAUUAUUAUUAUUAUUAUUAUUAUUAUUAUUAUUAUUAAUAUUAUUAUUUAUCAUUAUUAUAUUACUAUUAUUAUUAUUACUAAUAUUAAAUUAUUAUUAUUAUUAUUAUUUAUAAAUUAUUAUUAAUAUUUAUCAUAAUUACGUUACUAUUAUUAUUAUUAUUAUUAUGAGAUAUUGAGACACUAGUUUUUGCAGUGUAAAUUUAAUAUAUUUUCAAAAAUAUUUUGAAAUUUUUUUUUUUUUUUAAACUUGUCAAAAGAGACAUAUAAAUAAAUAUAUAUUGGUACAACUCUAUAAAGAAAGUGUAGCGUGGUUAUUAUACACCUGAGGAAUGUGCUCAAAAUACUGUAUUAAAGAGAAAAAAAAAAAAGUCUACUAAAGGAAUCAUCAACGUUUUGAAUGCAAAAUUACUCUUUAUAAAACGAAUGAAAGAAUUAUUAUGAAUUAUUCAAAUAUUGUAUAAUUAACUAUCAUCAUCCUCUCUUAUCUAAUACCUAUAUACUUUUAAUGUCUAAUCUCUCUUUACAAUCCAGCAUGACACUUUAUACUCUUUCUAUUUGAUGUUAUGCGAAAUUCUCUAUUAACUUUUUACUACUUAAAAAAAAAAAGAAAAAAUUAUUAUUAAUAGCGCAAUGUCAAUGUUAUUAUCAUCUCUCUGUGUCAGCUCUAAAUCAGUUAACGUUCGUUUUAGCACUAAAUCAAAAAAAAAAAUAAUAAUAAUAAUAACAAAAUACAAACGUUGUUAAAAAUAUAAUACGUAAACAUAUUUUUUAAUCCUUUUUUCUUUAAAAAAAAAAAAAAAUAAUUGUUAUAACGAUCUCUGAAACUAGCCAGUCUGAUGAUUAAUCGAUUAUAAUAACGAAAGCGCCUCUAUGAUCAUUUGGAGGAACUAGAAAACACUUUUAUUUAAUAAAAACUUAUUUGAUUUUACUUUUAACUAGAAAAAUUAUUUUGUAAUUUUUAUUAAAAAUUACUAAUAAAUUCUAUACGUUAAAUUAUAUAUAUCAAUGAAAAUAAUUUAAUUAAAAUUAUAAAGAAAAAUAUGUUUUAAAUAACAGGAAUUUAUUACCAAAAAAAGCAUAUAAAUAAUUCUUGAAGAAUUUUUUUUAUUAGUAACAAUAAUAAAUAUUACUUUACAAUUUGAAAAAAACGAGAUGGCUAUACAUUUGUCUGCUCAACUAGAUUUUAUCUUAAAAAAAAAUGUUCGUAUACAAUUUAGAUCCUAUUUCUAAUCAAAAUAUCUAAUUAUCUUGCUCAAAAAAAAAAAAAAAAACGAGAAUCUGCUAAGUCUAUUUAAUGAACUUUCAUCCUAAUCUAAUGAAAUCGCUCAAAAAAUAAUAAAAAAAAAAAAAAUUGAUGUCAUAAGCAAAUAUGGACAAUACACAGCGACUUUGCUAUUUUGUUAACCUUCAUGUUCUGAUCUAGAGUUGAUAUAGAGUAUUUGCUACUAUACUUUUUAAACUUAAGAUUCACACGUCACAAUCAAGCUCUACAUCUCUCAGAAUUUUUUGUUUCUUUUUUUUCACAAAUUCAAAUGUGGCCUAAAUAUAUUUUUUUUUUCAAAAUAAAUAUCAUUUUUCUCUGAAAGUAGAUUGUAAAGCUUGAUUUUAAUCGAAGAGUCAAUUUCAAAAGAUGUGGUAGAGUUGCCAAUUCUUUUAAGAAAAAGAAAAAGAAAAAAAAAAAAACUAGAAAAUUAUUUCAACGACAUGUCAACGACUAUUUUGGAGGCCACAAAAACCCCAAGAGAGCUACUCAACCACAUCAGGUCCGAUUUUUUUUUUUUUUUUUUUUGUUUCCUUUCCAAGAAUCUUGUAGGGAAGAAAAAGGACCUUUGGGGGAGUCACUUUAAAAAAAAGAAACCAUUGCAAUUUUGUAAAUAUUUAAGUGUAAUUUAAUAAAAGAAUGUUAAACUGUGAAUUCAGCAUUAUGGUUUCAACCAGAUUCGAUAAAUUAAAACGAUACAUCGAUCGAGAUUUGGAGCUAGCGCCAUCUGCGAGAAAUUAGUUGAACUAUAAACCACUUUUAGAAAAAGAAA